GCAAAGUGAGUGUCGUUGGGCAGCCGGAUUAUCAUAUACACUCAUUAGUUUGAAGUCUUCCCUUCUUCCAGGAGUACAGAAUGGCUAACGAAAAGUUCAGCGUUGUCGACUAUGUUGUAUUCUCUAUCAUGUUACUCAUCUCUGCUGCUAUUGGUAUCUGGUAUGGCUGRGGACCUGGUGGAAAACAAGAGACUACCAAGGAAUACCUCCUUGCAGACAGAAAGAUGCGUAUUUUACCAGUUGCUAUAUCACUACUGGUGUCCUAUCUAUCAGCAAUUACUCUACUAGGUGUCCCUUCUGAGAUUUACACCUAUGGAGCGCAGUAUUAUGUCCUGAUUCUGUCCUAUUUUAUUAUUUGCUUUAUGGUUGCUGUUGUAUUUGUGCCAAUGUUUAGAAGGAUAAACAUUACUUGCGCAAACGAGUAUCUUGAGCAGAGAUUUUCGGUGGGUGUUCGGAUGGUAGGAUGUGUCUUUUUUAUUUUAGAAUAUACUCUGUAUCUCUUCGUCGUCCUCUACGCACCAUCCCUCGCCCUGGAGGCAGUUGCUGGUGUUCCUCUUCCAGUCUCUAUUCUCACAACGGGAAUCGUCUGCACUUUUUAUACCAGCUUGGGUGGUCUUAAGGCAGUAAUCUGGACCGAUGUGUUCCAAUCAAUGGUCAUGGUUGGUGGUUUAAUAGCAGUUGUGAUCGUCGGCAGCAUUGAGGUCGGUGGAAUUGACGAAGUCUGGCGUAUCAACGAACYAUUCGAUCGUAUGACGUUCUUCGAUUUCAACCCAGACCCCAAGGUUCGUAACACGUUCUGGACUUUGACCCUUGGUGGAGCGUUUACCGCAAUGCCUGUAUGGACGGUGAGUCAGACCGCUGUACAGAGAUUCUUGUCAGUCCCUACAACUAAAGCUGCUAAAAGGGUGGUUUGGUUGAACGUUCCUGGACUUAUCAUCAUAGUCACACUUUGCUGUUUGGACGGGCUUGUCAUCUUCGCUGUGUACUCGGGAUGUGAUCUUAGUAUGGAUAAACAAAUCACAAGUAACGACCAGGUCCUCCCCUACUUCGUCAUCAACAAACUUGGACACUUGAAAGGCCUGCCGGGAAUGUURACUGCUUGCUUGUACGCAGGCGCACUAAGCACGGCGUCGUCAGCUUUAAACGCCAUGGCUCUCGUCAUCCUUGAGGACAUUAUCAAGAAGAGAAUGAGAGAUGUGUCUGAUGCUGACCAAGCWAAAAUGUGCAAGUUCAUCGCUCUUGGUUUUGGUGUWAUUGUUAUUGGUGGCGCGUUUGUUGUWCAGUUUGUUGGRACUAUGGUGCUGCAGCUAGCCUAUAGUAUCUUUGGUAUCAUUGGUGGUCCACUUCUUGGUAUUUURCUYCUUGGAAUGUUCGUAAGACGAGCAAACUAUAAGGGUGCCUAUGCAGGWGUGUUUAUCGCGGCAUUUUUUACUGGUUGGGUGUUCAUUGGUGCUCAAUUCUAUCCUCCAAAUAAGUACCCAGGAAAAAGGUCCAUUAGAGAAUGUUCCUGGUUCAACGCUACAGCUAGGAUAAAUGAAACAGGAAUCAUUGAAAAUACUUGGAAACCACACAGUGAUGGUAUAGCUGACUUCUACAGUAUCUCGUACCUUUGGUUCAGCGGUCUCUCUGUUUUUGUUGCGUUUAUGGUUGGACUGAUUGUCAGUUUUGUCACAGAAACUAAAGCUGACCGAGCUGCAGCUGAGGAACUGGACCCUAGACUGCUUUUCCCUACCAAAGAAUGGCUGAUGGGAUUUUUACCAGGACAUCACUUUGAAUGGGACAUUGAAGAGGAAGACCCUAAAGACAUCACCCCUGCACCAUCGGUCCUGCAUUUGAAUGGUCAGGACACAAAAUGCGAAUCAAAUGAAAAUCACGCAGUGUCGGAAAUCGACGUUCGUUUUGAAGACAAGAAACCAGUUGGUGAAAAAACAGAUGAGACGCGUUUCUGAUCAAGACAUCGAGAUGCCUUCUUGAUCCAUCAUAUAUAGCAUGGCUGGUUCCCAAGGAUACAUAGAGGAAAUAGUUUCUCGCACUGGUAACACAGGAAGCCCAGAAUCAAGAAAUUACUUUCACACUGACACGUUUGAGUAUAUUUCUUACUUUGAUUGAUUUGGACGAUUUGUUUUAGUUUUUAGCCUGCAUAAMCUAGUUUGUKAAUUGAUAGUAGAUUUAAUUUUUAUUUGGUUUGUUACUGUUUUGGCUUCGUAUUUGUAGAAGAUUUAACGUAAGCUAAAAAGCACUGGAUUAUUUCGUGAAUGGGCUGCUGCCUGCGUGUAAAGCACACAGUAAGCCCAAUUGAUAAYCUCUUUUGCAUUUUCGUAUAAAUCUUGCACUUGAUUUUCUUCAAAACUCAUUAAAUGAUAUCACUUGA